AUGCCGGAGUCAGAGCAUCAACGUGACCAACACGACGCCAUUUUUGUUCCUUCACUCGCAGUCAGCGUUAAUAAACGAGAAGAAACAGCAUGUGCAGGGCUACUGCCACCAGUCAGUCAGCACCACUUCUCGCACGCACACCUCUUCUUCUACCCCAGCAUCUUCACCAUCAGCGACACUUCUGUGGUCGUGGCCGUCGUACUAUCCUGCCCGCUCCUCUUCUCCCCUUCUGUUCGCGCACGCAAUCACGCAGCCCGAAAAAAGAGCGCAGACGGAUUCCGACGACCUCUUCUACGCUCCUGCUGCAGAUCUUCCGGAGCCGGAUUCGACCGGUGGAUCCCCACCAUUUGAGAUGCAGCUGCCCACGACCAGUGACAAGCUGACGCCCGGGACCAACGCGACGCUCCCUGUCAGCGGCUACAGCAUGGACCAGGCCGGGAACGUCAUCGCCGACUCUCCUGGUAUCCUCGUCCCCCGUCCAGUGUCGACGGCGUGGGCGUCGGGCACGGCUGCCGGCAAUGGCACUGAUGCAGCAGGAGGACACGCAACGACAAAUGCAACCAGGAACGCAACGGGCGGCGCGAAUACCCCGUGCUACAGCAUGCUGCGCCGAAGGGACGGUCGGUGCAAGGUGAGAACCAGCAAAGUACUGCGGCUUUAUAACUUCCUCGUGGUGGAUGCGCCGGCGUCUCUGUGGAAUUUGGUCGAAGCGACCGUGCUCACGCCAUUGAGCUGGUUGGCAGGUACAGGAGAGUUUCUGGAUUUUCGCAUUCUUUGAGUAAUAAAUAUCAUGAAUUUGUGAUGCAACGGUGACAGAUCAAUGCAGCUUGUUGAAAAUGAACUCGGGACAGGGUACACAAGUACUUACGUCAAAACUCACGGCUCUCUUGUUUCAAACAGGCACGUUCGCGGUGGAGCAGGCUAGCACGACAACUGAGUCAAACAUCAAGAAGCAGGAAGCCACGGCUAUCCCGGAACAGUCUGCUUCGGCGGUCGGCCCAAGCCAGAACGAAUCCAGCCCCGAAGCAGAAAUCGCAAUUCAGCUACUGCAGGUUGGUGCAGCAUCUACUUCGCACACACACACUCACGCGCGGGAAGACCUGAAGCCGAACACCGAUUCUAGUACCGCUGAUCAACUACAACGCAGCAAGAACAGCAAGAACGUUGCAAAGGAAGAACGAACUCCGGAGAAGGAAAUAGACGUCAAAGACGGCACAGCUACAACAAAGAAACACCUUGGUCGGCAACAGGCUGCUUCGACCGAGGACGAGACUGUGAAGCAUACUGCUGAUGGUUCUGCACACUACCCCAACGUAGAGGAAGGUGCUGGGCGACACGGCGAAUCCGGCGAGGAAGCUGUAGGAGACAAACCACCUUCGGCAACCAAGAUCACACCGACGUCGAGCGCGACAAGCACAACUCCUGACACUGAAGAAGUAGAUCACGACGAAGUAGAAGACCUGUCCGAAAAAACCGGCGAAGAAACCCAACAAGCAAGCGAGGUGCAAUUGAAAUUCGAUAAAAAAGCUGUUGCCCUCGAUGAUAAAGAAAAAAAAAGCCAAAAAUUUCCUCAAGGGCGACUAAGUUCUGCACCUGAACCUGAUGAUCAAGGUUCUACUUCGCAGCUGACUGCGACAGCACAGCAACAGGAACAGCAGCGACCUGAGAAGGAGGCUGUCGACCCUGAUUCACUACACCAAGUUCACAGCAGUAGCGUCGUUGCAGACUUCGGUAGCAAUAUUCCAAACAGCAUUACGGUGACUGCUGCAUCUUCAUCUACUACCACAUCUGCAGAAGUGAGUGGACGAGCUGGAGGAGUCAUCGGUGACGGGAAGCAGAAAGCAGGUGAGAGGGACGACCGCCAGGGACGAGAUCUUGUGUCACCCUCUUCCACUGCCCCUUAUUCUGCUCUCACGUCGAAGCUGCCUGUUGAAGAUGCUCCUGGCGGCGCAGCGUUACCCAUAUCCGUGACGGAAGCACACGCAACUGGAGCAGGAACACUGCAGCGACUGCAAGAAUCAGUGCCAGAGCCUGACCAACCACAAAAUGGUCAGCGUUCGUUUUGUUACCUGCUUGAGGAGCUCGCAACGGAAGAAGGCAGCAAAUACGUUUUUGGAGCACCAGAAAAUCGCGGACGGUACUUCCUGGCGAGGUUGCUCGAAAUUCAAGAAUUGCAGAAAAAAAAAAGGGUUAACGUAGCCGAACAAGUGCUCGGGUACCUGCGGACGCGGAAUACCAUCCCGCCUAAAGUUGCGGAUAACCUUGCUCGUGCUAUCGAGAAAGUGCUCGCUAGCUACAAUAAGAAAAUCCAGGAGAAGAAGGACGAUUCGACGAAAGAACAAGAUCACAAACAACGAAUAGCGAAAGCAGGUGCCAUUGGCGACAGCAAGCGUGUCGCUAUGUGGUGCGAUUCCCACCCAAGUCGAGUAAAUUUAGUAAAUUGAAAACAUUUAGCAUUUUUUUGAGUUGUAUUGUAUUGCGUUGUCAAUGCAAUGCAGUGCAGUGCAGUGCAGUGCCAUGCCAUGCCAUGCCAUGCCAUGCCAUGCCAUGCCAUGCCAUGCCAUGCCAUGCCAUGCCAUGCCAUGCCAUGCCAUGCCAUGCCAUGCCAUGCCAUGCCAUGCCAUGCCAUGCCAUGCCAUGCCAUGCCAUGCCAUGCCAUGCCAUGCCAUGCCAUGCCAUGCAAUUCAAAAAAAUUGAUUGAGGUGCCGGGCAAUGCCGCCUCCUUCCAUCCACACCGAGCGCAGAGCCGCGCACAGUCUCGACAUUAUCCCGCCUUCCGGUAGGAAUAUGUAGAGCGAGCCGCGAAUGAUUGUGCCUACUCGCAGGAGCCCCUUAGGUGAAAGUCGAGAGCGACCCGCCUUAACCGCUGGGCGCGUGCUCUCUCAGUCCGUGACAAUCACCCAGGGGACUUACCUGCGAGCGAAGCACGCUUGUCCUCUGGUUGAGCACGUUCGUCUUCUUCUGGGCCCGCUUUGUGUUUCACUCAAGUUGCGUGGCGUGAUUCUGCGUGAAGUCCUUCAGGUUGGUGAGCUCACGAUGGCAAGUCGGCCCGCCUCAUCUUUGGACUAAGAGUCUCUGGUCCUCCAGAGUGUCGCCAUUCGCGGCGUUGUGUCCUGAACGCAUGCCGGCGCUAUUCGUCGGCCUUAUCUGACUGCCUCCCCUCUUGGCUCUUCCUCCUCACUAGUACACUCUAGCGCGUUGCAUUUAUCUCUUCUCUUUGGAUGUUCACUGUGGAAGCCUUUUUAGCAUAAAACUUUUUUUCCUUAUCGCUUUUUUCUAGUUACGCAACCCCUCUACCGCCGCUGUCGAGCGAGCGUUUGCAAACUUACUCUUUUUGGGUAAUUACAAAAAAGCCUUACACAGCACGCCGACCGGUAGCACUACUACAAAAAGGGAUGGGCAACUUAUGCCCGAAGAGGCUUAGCAUAGUCCGUCCCUCGCACUGCUGUUGUGUCAGCAGAUGCGGCGACAGGCGUGGCGGUCGCGGGGACCCCACGGCGAGGCUGGUUAGUUUUGCAUGGCGGUCUGCGUGACUGCAUUGCCGUGGCCGCCACCAUAGGCCUGCUCGUGUUUGUAGUACAUUCCGCGUAGCGCCCACCUUCGACGACCUACAAACAUUCGUAGCGCGAAGGCCCACUGUGCGGAUCAGUGGCACUAGCAGCGCCUGAGACACCUCGGCCAAAAAAAACAAGAAGGUGGUAAACUGUAUGCCUAAGCUCAAAGUAGAGCAGUUCAAGUAGAUCCAGAAAGUUUUCGCCCGUAACAACGUAGGCAGUUGCUAGAUCGUGAAUUCCCAUCGGCGAGCUCAGUGUGCAGGGAGUUGCCCCCACCAGUGCGCGAGUAUAUCUCCACCAGGGGAAAGAAGCGUCCGCGUGCGUGGGCCGGGCAGGUUGCACGUACGCGGGAAGUUAGGUGGAGGGGCUCAGGGUAGACAAAAGACAAAACGGAAAAGAUCAAAAUGAUCCAGGCCAUGGCGUAGCUGCAUGCUCGUGGGAACUUGCAUUAGACAAAUAGCAAAAAGAAAGUAAGCGCUUGAUGACUUACACAGGGUUUAGGGUAGUCAGCCGGUGCUCUGGUUGCGGCGCGUGAAGCUUUAGCAUCGACCGGUAUAAGACUUUCGGUGUGCUUGUCGGGUUUUAUUCAGUGGCCAAAAGUCCCAGUCUCACCCAAUAAGCAUACUAUACGGCCCGGGGAAGUUUGUAUUGCGGGCGGGGUACAAGCAACACUGAUAGCCGCCGCUACUAGAAUAGUAUGCGUGGUCGCGCUCUAGUUCAUGAAAAAGUCGGCUGCACUCUUAAAGUUCCGACACGCCAAACCCCUGGGGUUUUGUAUGACACGAGGGAGGGGCGCAGGUUCAUCGUUAGCCGCCUCUACUAGUACAGUAAGCGUGGUCAAGUUUUAGCUCGUGAAAGCUCCAGCUGCACUCUUAAAGUUCUGGAACGCCGCCCGACAGCCGACAGACGAGGCUAGUUAGUUUUGCAUGGCGGUCGCUGACUGCAUUGCCGUGGCCGUCACUAUGUUGCCUGCUCGUGUACUACGUGCCGCGUAGCGCUAGCGCCCACCUUCGACGACCUAAAAAUAUCCGUAGCGCUGAAGACCACUGUGCGGAUCGGUGGCACUAGUAGCGCCCUAGACACCUCGGCCAAAGAAGCAAGAAGGCGGUAGACUGAUAUAUAUCUACUUUACGCGUAGGAAGUCCAACCAGAUCCAACUAUCCUAGAGCUUACGCACUGCAGUUCAAAAAAAACCAACGCAGGUUCUAACUUCCUACCGGCGAGUCCAGUGCGCAGUGGACUGUCCCCACCAGCGCGCGAGUAUAUCUCCACUCGGGGAAAGAAGCGCCCGCGUGGGCCGGGCAGUUUGCACGCAUAUGGGAACUUGGGUAGAGGGGUUCAGGGUAGUCAGUUGGAAAGUGAAAAAGUUGAAAAGGGCCGAGGUGAUGUUGCAUGCGAGUGGGAACUUGUAUUAGACGAAUAGUAUCGGUAGUUGCCUGAUAACUUAGACAGGGUUUAGGGUAAUCAACCGGUGCUCUGGUUGCGGCGCGUGAAGCUUUAGCAUCGGCCGGCAUAAGACUCUCGGUCGGUGUGCUUGUCGGGUUUGAUCAGUGGCCACAAGUGAAGCCCCCGCCCCACCCAGUCAGCAUGCUUUGUAUGAGGCCCGGGAAGAACUUGUCAUGUAUUGCGGGAGGGGUGCAAGCCAUUACCGUUAGCCGCCUCUACUAGUACAGUAAGCGCGGUCGAGCUCUAGUUCAUGAAAAAACCGGCUGCACUCUUAAAGUUCCGGCACGCCAACCCCCAUCCGAUCCGAAUUUGUAUUGCGGGAGGGGUACAAGCAUUACUGUUAGCCGCCUCUACUAAAAUAGUAAGCGUGGUCGAGCUCUAUUUCAUGAAAAAGUCGGCUGCACUCUUAAAGUUCCGACACGCCAAGCCCCAUGCUAUGCUAUGCCAUCUGUCUGAUCUGAUCUGAUGUGGUAGAUCAGCCCGAACAUGGACCCGCAACACGUUCUGCAGCUCAUUCUCCUGACCCAUUCACUGACCGACUUUCAUUCUCCUUCUUUUCAUAUUCAGAUCAACGCUAUCUGUCAUGUGCAUUUCCAUUCUGUGAAUCCAAAAACAAAUUUACACGCUAUCAAAAAUAGUCAGCACGUUCUCCAAUCUUAUUCAUGACCGCAUACAUCUAUCUUCCACAUAAUGCAUUGCCCUUGCUAUUUUAGACUGCUCUUCCUGCGUGACCGAGCUGGGUGCUUUUAUAUUAUUCCUCGGCUGCUUCUUCAUUCCUCGACCUGCUGCCGGCAAGGUCGCAAGCGCCGCAGUGUAGUAGGUCGAUAGGAAGUGGUCUACUUUUUCUCUAAUUUCUUUCAUAAAUUCUAAGACUCCACGCGGUCGCGUUCUUAAGAUUUUUGCUAUUAAAUCCGGUUCCGGUUGCUGUGUGUUUUAACCGAUGGCCGUGGUCCUGGCCUGGGGCGAAUCUCAUUAAAGCCAAUUUCUUCACAGCCUUCGCAUUCUAAAGUUAGGCGGUCUAAGUUGCCUGCUCACUACAGAGCCGACAUCUGUGCUUUCUUUUUUUUCUUUGAAAAAGUAAAAGGAGAACAAGACCUGGGGCGAGGCGGGGACGCGAAGUGAUUUGGCCGGAUGGAGGUUUUGGAAACGGUAGCCGGACUAGUUUGACCAGCUGGCACCUUUGCUAAAGGUCGCAGCGGCGUGUGGUCGCAAAUAUUUUCGGCACUAGAGGCCCAUCGAGAGGGUCGCGCGCGCGUGGCGCGAAGAAAUUCUCUCGGACUUGCCUGGCCACGCGCCGGAUCGAUUUUUUUUUUUUUCCGCGGGCACAAAAAAAAUGGCGAGCCAGAAACAAAGUGUAUAUGCACCCAGGAAAACCGGAAAAGUCCGCUCCGGCUUUUUCUGGUGCGUCACACAAAAAGAAAACUGAGGAAGUUGAGCUUUCUCCGCCGUGUCCCCUGACCAGUGGAACGAAUUCGCUCCCUUUACGCCUGUGCAAAAAGUCUGGCCGUUUUUUCUCGAUUCACUCAGUUUACUUUUUCGCCGGGCGCUUUUUUUCCCGGUUUCUUUCGGCAAACCUGCCGGCUUUUUUUUAUUUUUGCGUCGACGACUUUUUUCUGUCAGGGAAUUUCGGCUUUUUUUUCUUGGGCUGUGAAGAUCUGGGCGGAUUUGUAUAGCAUGUGGCGCGGAGAAAUCGCAGAAACAGUCUCUUCCCAAUGCGUAGUAGCUCCAUCGAGCAGCAUUAGCCACGAAGCGGCGCAAUGGUCGGCGACUGUGGGGACAACCGAAAGGGGCAAACAGGGUGACAAAGCAGACGGAGACAACAGCUGCGCGGCUACAUAGCGAAGUCAUGUCGAAAAAGCGUCGCCAUUUUUUUAAUUUCAAUCUACUCAAUUUCCUCGACUUGGGAAUUUGGACCUCUUGAGUGUCGCGGGCCAAGUCGGUGAUUCAAUCGCGAGCCUGAAAGAUGCCGCCCCCGUGGGCGACACCCCUGACGAUGACUGUCUCCGUGUGGCACUUGAGAAACUCCAAGGCCCCUUGAUGUUCUCCAAACUACUGGUUGCGGCGCGCGGCGGUCUGUUCGGGAACGCUGCUACGGUGGAUCGCACAAGGAUGUACCAAGAAAGGAGAUUUUGGAAAGCAUGGAACGCAGUGACGAUGCAAGAUACCGAAAGGGAAAGUGUCCGCAGCUUCCUUUCGAUGUUUUUGAAGAUUCCCGAGCGGAAUUGGUCGGUCCGUUUUGAGAACAUCAGUUCUCUGGAAGACCCCCCUAUGGAAGCAUUUCAAACACUUCUCAACAAAAUGAGCGAUCCUAACUACAACGAGGAGGAGAUAAAGCCGAGGAACCGUCUCGAAAACAUCCUUCGUUUCGCGUGGAGGCUCAAGCAAGUUCCUCUUACUCGAGCGCUAGCAAAAAAGGUAGAAGAAGGCGUAGAAGCACUAAGGCAGAGGCUGAUGCAGAAGACCAGAAAUAAAGAAGCAUCUUCUUCCACACGACAGGAGGAGGUGUCGGUGUCCUCGUCAUUCCUCUUCUCGUCAUCCGAAACAAGCGACAAAGAUACGGCGACAGGGCCCGCCCGUGCCCCCGUGCCCGUGUCGAUAUCAUCACCGGGGAGGAGCGCAACAGGAGGAUCACACGGCGGUCGCACCAUGUCCAUGGCCAUGGGAGAUGAGGACCAAGACGCACUCGAGCGACUGCCGAGCACGGCCGCUGGUGCCCCCGCGGUUUCGCCAAUCAUGUCUGGGACAACCACGAGCAAAAAAGUUUUCACCAACAAGAAAGCGCACACAUCAUCAGCUUCAGCAUCGGCAUCGGACCCCCAUGCUCCUGAACACGGACAAGUCCAGGCGUCCAGCGCAGCUGGCACGCCACCAACGACAACGUAUCUGCAUGACUUGCCCAACAAGGUUGAACCCCACGCAGCCGCCACAGGCACGGGUUCCAUGGUACCGGUGACAAGCACCACGACGAACGCGGUCCCGAGGGGCAGAGUCCUGGGUGGUGGCACCGGUUUGGCAGCUAACUCGCGCCUGCUGGAAUCGACUGGCCCAAGUGAAGAUGGAGAAGGGGAGGACGGAGCAGCGUCGACGCAACAUGACCCCGCCCCCGGAACAGAUGUACAGCCGCCUGCGACUACUGGAGCUGCCUCUGCUCUUGCUGUUGGUAACGAUUCGCCGUCCGCCGAUUCUGCGACAGGAGCUGCUACUGACGCGAUCACUGCCGCGCAAGAAGAGCAUCAACUGUUGCGCAGCAAGCAGCCGAAGAUCGAGACGAACAAGAAAACCGACCUCCACGCCGAUUCGUCUUCUCACAGCACGGGUGCCAAGGCCGAUGGUGCAAUCGGUGGAACCAGUUUCAGCCCUGCAAGCACCCUCGCCGCGACAAGUAAGAAUCCUACUGACCAUGGAGAUAAAUGCAUUUUGUUCUGUUUUUUGAAUAUAGUUAUGUACUAUCGUUAUAAUUUUAGUUUGAAUUUUUGAUAUAUUUCCGCUCUAUCCAUCGCGGCCGCCCGGAGAUUGGGUUUCUGUCUCUUUUGCUUGAUCGAAGCGUCUAUAUGAAAAAGAAAAUCUUCGCACUCGCAGCCGCAGCCCGCAUUGCAAUUAUGGAUGCCACGACCAUGGGAUCGACACUAGAAUCGGAUCAGCAAGCUGGCUUGACGAGCGGCAACAGAAAGAAUCACGCUCCGGUCGUGUCCCAGAAGCGCAGGACCACGGAGCAGGAUCCGGACUCGCGGGAUGUCAUCGGGAGGCGCGGCUCGGCAAAGGAUUACGCGGCCAGCGAACCGAGCGCGGUGGAUUAUGUCGCUGCGUCGAAGUCCUCAACCGCUUCGCCGCUAUCCACGACUUCUGCUUCGUCCAGCAUGGCGGACUUGAGCUCUGCGGACGGAGCUGCAGUGCAGAUGAUGGGUGGCGUUGCGGGUAUGAUAUUCACGUUUUCACGCGGAAGUCGAAGUUUCAAUUUGAGUUGUGCAAUCUUGCUGAAAAAACAAAAAUAUUGCAGAAUGAUAAUAAAAUGACGCGUUUUCGUUUUGGUGCUGCCAUCAACAACAUCAUGCGGUCAUGCAUAGGAAACAAACGCCAUCACGUGGGCUUCUCGUCAAAGCAGUCUGAAACCAUUGUACAGCGACAACCACGUCAACGCGCGUCCUUGACUUGUCAGAGAAGCCACCAGCGGCCAGCACGACUCCGACAAAUUCGAUUCCAACUGCCGACAUCGUGGACGGUAAAACGCGCGUGCCAGCUGUCCGCGAUCUACAACUGCAAUCUUUCUCGCCGACUUCCAGAGAAGAAGCAAAGCCUUUCGACGAAGGGCAGUCCGCCGCACCGCUGCAAAAAGAUGACAAAGGAGCUCAACCUGCCCAACACCAAGAACUGUCCCAGAACACGCUACAACAAGCUUCUUCAACCGCAGACCCCCUUCUGGGUGUGACGAAAGCCGAAUCCAGUGGCAGCGUCUCGUCGACGACCUCCGGUCAUGGGUGGGGUCCCAAUGCAGCUCUAGCGGAAACUACAACUGCAGCCGCCGGCGCCGUGCCGGCGGUCCGGGCAACUUCGUCAACGCCAUCCAAAACGUACAGAAUAACUUUUUGUUGGUACUUACGUUUCUUGAACAGCUUUCUCAUGAUGAACAGCUUUGUCAUUCUCAUCACCAGAGCUGCGCCUGCGGCCGGACCUGUGCAUACUCAUCUGGUAACCAAAGCGGAGUCUGGUACAUGAUGAGUAUUUUUUAUACAACAACUAAACAACUAUGUAUAAAUACGAAUUAUCUUCAACAGUUGAAGAUAAUUUGAAUACAUGCUAUGAUGGUGAUGCACAGUGCAGAUGCCUGAGCAAGGAUACGGAAAAACAUCAGUAAGCAACAACUCACUGUCGCUACUACUACACCCAGAUCGGACCAGCGGCUCUUGCACGACGAACACGAUAGCCCAAGCGGGCCACGACCAGGAAAGGUUCCACCACGACCCACCGUGCGCGAGGGUGAAGGAACGAAUGAAAUCGGGGCAGGUGGAUCUUCUUCGCCAAGUGCUGCACCUUCCGCCAAUCACGUGGGUACGGCUACUGGCGCACGUGCCGAAGCAGAAGCUGAAGCUGCCACAGCUCUCGAGUUGCGGGAAAUGGCACAGCAGCUCACGCCGGGAAAAGGUGAUAGCGGCAGCGCCGGAGAGGCUUUGACUACGUCUACGGCGGCCAAGGAAAGAACCGUCGGGCACAAAACUCCACUCACUAGCGGCACCGACAAUCUGCACCCGCUCAACCAUGACAUCUCCUCCAUGUCGGUCUCCGACGGACAAGAAACGGAGAGCGAGUUGGAUGCUGGUGGUCCCCUGGAAGGCAAACCGGGGCCGAUGCAGGAGGCGCAACCGGGUGCGGAGUCCUCGACCAUGGCGCCGAGGAGCUAG